AUGUUACAUAUUAUAAAACUAAUUUUUAUUUUGAAUGAUGAUGAUUGUGAUAUUGGAACCAGUGACGUGACAAACAGUGAUGGCAAAGUGAAACCGUUCCAGUUAACGGUUCUCGACAAGACUCAAAUUUCACGACUAUUCUUCUUAGGUAAGACAAAAUCAAUGGACGGCUGUGGAAGAUGUAUGAAGUAUUCACUAAUAUGUAUCAACGUGGCCACCUUCCUGGGUGGCAUAACAGCGUUAGGGAUAGGUCUAUGGGUGUGGAUAGACCGUUCGUUUUCAGACACUCUGGUGAGGAGCAACAUGUUCUCAUCGUCCGUCGCGGUGGUAGUCUUCAUGGGACUUGCUGUAAUACUCCUCUCGAUACUCGGCUGCUGCGGAGCGGUCAUGGAAGUCAAAUGCAUGCUUCUGUCGUAUUUUAUUUUGGUGCUCAUCAUAUGCGUAGUGCUGCUCGUAGGUGGCAUCCUACCGUUUGUGUUUCGAGAGCAAGUCGUUAAGACUUUGGAGAGGGAAAUGUAUGCGGCAAUACCAUACUAUGGAAUUAGAAGGGAGUACACAAAGUCCUGGGAUGACACACAUACUUACCUACAGUGUUGCGGAGUCAAGGGUCCGGAAGAUUGGAAUACUAAUCUCCCUGAGAGCUGCUGUAUAGAGCUUUACCCAGGAAAGAGACUGGAUUGCCGGGCGACUCCAAAUCCCACCACCACUCACAUGGUCGGAUGCUUUGAUAAACUGAUAAAGCUCUUAAAACAAAGCACAGCUUAUGUCGGUGCCAUUGGUAUAAUCCUGGCUUUUAUUACGCUGUUGGCUAUGUUGUUGGCAUGCGGGCUGUUCUUCAAGAUAGAUUGA